UAAUAGUUUCUUGUACAAUCAUAGUGCGACAGUUGUUUUUAAUCGGGAAAAUAAAGUAAAGUUUUGUGUGAACACUUUUACAAAAAUGGUCGUGAACUUCAAAGUUUUCAAAAAGAGCUCGCCAAACGGAAAGCUGACCUUGUAUGUGGGAAAGAGGGAUUAUGUUGACCAUAUUUCGGCAGUUGAACCGAUUGAUGGAGUCUUAGUUCUUGACGAUGAAUACGCUCGCGAGAAACGAAAAAUUUUUGGUCAAAUUGUUUGUAGCUUUCGUUAUGGACGGGAGGAAGAUGAGGUAAUGGGAUUGAACUUCCAAAAGGAAUUAUAUUUGGCAUCGGAACAACUGUAUCCAGUACCUGAAAAACGAGACUUCACUCCGACCAAAUUGCAAGAACGUUUGAUAAAGAAGUUAGGAGGAAAUGGAAUUCCAUUUACAUUUAAUCUUCAACCAAGUGCUCCCGCUUCGGUCUCUUUACAACAAGGCCAUGACGAAGCUGGUGAACCGUGCGGUGUCCAAUAUUUUAUUAAGAUUUUCGCUGGAGAGUCUGAAACCGAUCGUACCCACCGUCGCAGUACAGUCACUUUGGGCAUCCGAAAGGUUCAGUAUGCUCCAUCAAAAACUGGUGCUCAACCAUGUACUAUCGUUCGAAAAGAUUUUAUGCUCAGCCCUGGAGAGCUGGAGUUGGAGGUUACUCUGGACAAACAGUUGUAUUUUCAUGGUGAAAGAAUCGCUGUUAACUGUUGUAUAAGAAACAAUUCGAACAAGGUCGUCAAGAAAAUCAAGGCAAUGGUGCAACAGGGAGUCGAUGUGGUUCUCUUCCAAAAUGGUCAAUAUCGGAAUACUGUUGCUUCAAUUGAAACAAGCGAGGGCUGUCCGAUCCAACCAGGUUCCAGCGUUCAGAAAGUAAUGUAUCUAUCACCUUGCCUAGCAUCCAAUAAAGAUCGCAAAGGAAUCGCUUUGGAUGGGCAAGUAAAAAAAGAGGAUACCAACUUAGCCUCAACUACUUUACUGGCUGCUCCGGAACAAAGAGAUGCUUUUGGAAUCAUUGUCUCGUACGCCAUCAAAGUGAAACUAUUUCUGGGUGCACUUGGUGGCGAACUAGCUGCUGAACUUCCAUUUGUUCUGAUGCAUCCAAAGCCUGGUACAAAGCCUAAAAUCUUUCAUGCCGACAGCCAAGCAGAUGUUGAAUGUUUCCGUCAAGAUACUAUUGAUCAGGAUUCGGUUGAUUGCUAUUAAUGCUUCGUUAAGUGGAAUAGUGUGUAUUGUUAUUGAUGAAUCUAUUGGCCGUCGUAAAGUUCCAAACGUUGUCCAAAUUUAAAAUAUUUAUGUAAAUGCUUAAAAGGCAAUAAAAGUCAAUUGUUGAUUCCAGUAACUCA